CUCUUCCUUCCUCUUUAUAAGGAGACACUUCUGAGAAAGAGCACAUUUCGGGGACCCACUUGAUGGGAUGUUUUCUUGGUUGCCUAUUUCUUCUAGCUGUGGACCGUGCUUCCUGUAACGGCAGGGGGAUCAGCCUCUCUCUUUCCUCUGGAGGACCACCCCUGGAGGGUCUCUGAGAAGCAAUGGAAGUCUGGGGGUUCCUCAGACUGGAAGUGAAUGGCUCCAUGGUGACGGUGGCCCUGUUAGUGGUCCUCUUGGCCCUCCUGAAGUGGUAUUCCAUGUCAGCGUUUUCAAGACUAGAGAAGUUGGGCAUCAGACAUCCCAAGCCUUCUCCUUUUAUUGGAAACUUGCCAUUUCUCCACCAGGGUUUCUGGGAAAGCCACAUGGAGCUCAGAAAGCAGUAUGGACCUCUGAGUGGGUACUAUCUCGGUCGUCGGAUGUUUAUUGUUAUCUCAGAGCCAGGCAUGAUCAAGCAGGUGUUGGUUGAGAAGUUCAGCAACUUUACCAACAGAAUGGCGUCGGGUUUGGAGUCCAAACAAGUAGCCAACAGUGUCCUGUUUUUACGCGACAAAAGAUGGAAAGAGGUCAGAAGUGUCCUGACUUCUGCUUUCACUCCUGAAAAGCUGAAUGAGAUGAUUCCUCUCAUCAGCCAAGCCUGUGACCUGCUCUUGGCCGACUUAAAGCACUAUGCAGAAUCUGGGGACGCUUUCGACAUCCAGAGGUGCUACUGCUGCUACACCACAGACGUGGUUGCCAGCGUGGCCUUCGGCACCCCGGUGGACUCCCGGAAGGCUCCCGAGCACCCCUUUGUGACGCACUGCAGGCGCUUCUUUGAGUUCUCCAUCCCCAGACCUAUCCUGGUUUUAAUCUUAUCAUUUCCAUCCAUAAUGGUCCCACUGGCCCGGAUUUUGCCCAAUAAGAACCGAGAUGAACUGAAUGGCUUUUUUAACAAACUCAUUAGGAAUGAGAUUGCCUUGCGGGACCAGCAAGCUGCAGAAAAGAGGCGGAAAGAUUUCCUCCAAAUGGUCCUGAAUGCCUCACAUUCUGCCACCUCUGUGGGCGUGGAGGACUUUGACAUCGUCAGGAAAGCCUUCUCCUCCACCAGAUGCACCACAAGUCCUUCCCAGCCACACCAGCCCAGAACCCUGUCCAAGCCUCUGACUGUGGAUGAGGUCGUGGGCCAGGCCUUCAUCUUCCUCAUCGCCGGCUACGAGAUCAUCACCAACACUCUCUCUUUUGCCACCUACCUCCUGGCCACCCACCCCGACUGCCAAGAGAAGCUUCUGAGAGAGGUGGACGGUUUCAACACGAAACACCCGACCCCUGAGUACCGCAGCCUCCAGGAAGGCCUGCCCUACCUGGACAUGGUGAUUGCAGAGACCUUGAGGAUGUACCCACCAGCCUUCAGGUUCACACGGGAGGCGCUGCAGGACUGCGAAGUGCUGGGGCAGCACAUCCCCGCCGGCACCGUGGUGGAGACGGCUGUGGGCGCCCUGCACCAUGACCCCAAGUACUGGCCGAGCCCUGAGACCUUCGACCCUGAGAGGUUCACGGCCGAGGCCCAGCGGAGCCGGCGGCCCUUCACAUACCUGCCGUUUGGGGCGGGUCCCCGGAGCUGCCUGGGGGUGCGGCUGGGGCUCCUAGAGGUCAAGUUGACGCUGUUCCAUGUCCUGCGCAAGUUCCGGUUUGAAGCCUGUCCCGAGACUCAGAUACCACUGCAGCUAGAAUCCAAAUCUGCCCUCGGUCCCAAAAACGGCGUCUACGUCAAGAUCAUCUCCCGCUGACACAGUCAGGUGUUAGCAUCACCACCCCUAAUACAAAGAUGACCCAACCCUCAUGUGGAAAUUCGGAUUUCUGGAAAAACAAAACAGCAAUUGAAAGGGUGCCUGGUAUGUGAGUAAAAAAGAGUCCAUUUAUGUGACAUUUCCUAAAUGCUUAAUAAACGUUUGUUUGUUGCACUUA